AUGUCGACAAAGCCCACGUCCAAGAAGUUCGGCAAGUCGACCCGGGAGGUUCCCGCGGCCGCGGAUAAGGCGCAGAAGUGGUACAACGCCGACGACGAGUCUGCCCCCAAGCAGGUUCGCAAGACCAUCCGCGCCUGGUCUCCCCGCGCCUCUCUCCAGCCCGGCACCGUCCUGAUCCUCCUCGCCGGCCGUUUCCGUGGCAAGCGUGUCGUCCUCCUCAAGAACCUCGAGCAGGGUGUCCUCCUCGUCACCGGCCCCUUCAAGAUCAACGGUGUGCCCCUGCGCCGCAUCAACUCCCGAUACGUCAUUGCCACCUCCUACAAGGUCGACGUCUCCGGCCUCGACCAGAAGAAGGUUGAGGAGAUUGCCCAACCAAAGUACUUCACCGCCGAGAAGGCCAAGGAGAAGGCUGGCGCCGAUGCUUUCUUCAAGCAGGGCGAGAAGCCCCAGAAGAAGCAGAUCAACAGCAGCCGUGCCGCCGACCAAAAGGCGAUCGACAAGGCUCUGAUUGCCAGCAUCAAGAAGGUCGAGAUGCUCCCCAGCUACCUUGCCAGCUCCUUCUCUCUGCGAAAGGGCGACAAGCCCCACGAGAUGGCUUGGUAA